UAUUAGCUAGCCAUAGCUGUUACUGCCGUGAUGUACCCCUGAUGAAUCAUGGAAGGGUGGUUGAAAACCUCUGUUUCUCAAGCUCAAUCUCAAUCCAGCAACUCCAAAAAUAUAAUUCGGACAGUAGGCCUAAAUUCUUCUGGUUUCAAGUCAAAAUGCAACAUACUGGAUCUCCUACCAAAUUGGGUUCUAAUGGCAGACCGAUUAAAAUGGUCCCUACAAGUGAGUUGAUAAAAACAAUGACGGUGAAUGGUUCGACACAGGUUGUGAAUGGUUCCACACGGGUUGUGAAUGGAGCAAGCAUUGUUAAGAGAGGUAAGGCCUCAGCCUUGGUUAAGACCACAGAAUUCUUCCCUUGGACGAAGGCUUCAGUUGGGGCCAAUGAGAAUUAUAGUUCCGUUCAAAGAAGCAUAGACGUGUGGUCUUUUGUGCUUUCUCUGCGUGUCCGUGUUCUCCUUGACAAUGCAAAAUGGGCAUAUAUUGGAGGCUUCACAGAAGAUGAGCAGAAAAGCAGAAGACGAAAAACUGCCUCAUGGUUACGAGAGCGUGUAUUGCAGCUUGGACCAACUUUUAUUAAACUUGGACAGUUAUCCUCAACCAGAUCCGAUCUUUUUCCCCGUGAAUUUGUGGAUGAGCUUGCCAAGUUGCAGGACAGAGUCCCUGCAUUCUCGCCAAAGAAGGCAAAAGACUUAAUCGCUAAGGAACUAGGAGCUCCAGUUGAGAUAUUAUUUAAAGAAUUUGAAGAUCGCCCAAUUGCUGCAGCUAGCCUUGGUCAGGUACAUCGGGCUAUCUUACAUAAUGGAGAGAAAGUUGUUGUCAAAAUUCAAAGACCUGGCCUCAAGAAACUUUUUGAUAUAGAUUUGAGAAAUUUAAAGCUUAUUGCCGAAUAUUUUCAGAAUAGUGAAACACUUGGUGGUCCAACAAGAGAUUGGGUUGGAAUAUAUGAAGAAUGUGCAAAGAUUUUGUAUGAAGAAAUUGAUUAUAUAAACGAAGGGAAGAACGCUGAUAGAUUCCGCCGGGAUUUUCGAAAUGUGAAAUGGGUUCGAGUGCCUCUGGUGAUUUGGGAUUAUACAUCGACGAAGGUAUUAACACUGGAGUACGUUCCAGGUAUCAAGAUAAAUCGGCUGGAUACGAUAGAUGCACGGGGUUACAGUCGAUCUCAAAUUUCUUCACGUGCUAUUGAAGCAUAUUUAAUUCAGAUCCUGAAAACUGGUUUCUUUCAUGCUGAUCCUCAUCCUGGAAAUCUUGCUAUUGACGUGGAUGAAUCUCUUAUUUAUUAUGAUUUUGGUAUGAUGGGGGAGAUCAAGUCUUUCACGCGGCAGAGAUUACUGGAUUUAUUUUAUGCAGUUUAUGAGAAAGAUGCAAAGAAGGUUAUGCGGAGUCUCAUAGAUCUUGGAGCUCUUCAGCCCACAGGAGACCUUUCAUCAGUUAGGAGAUCUGUGCAAUUUUUCUUGGACAAUUUGUUGAGCCAAACACCAGACCAACAACAGACUUUGGCUGCAAUUGGUGAGGAUUUGUUUGCAAUAGCACAAGAUCAGCCCUUCAGAUUCCCAUCCACCUUUACCUUUGUGUUAAGGGCAUUUUCCACUCUUGAAGGCAUUGGCUACACACUAGAUCCUGAUUUCUCCUUUGUAAAGAUUGCUGCACCUUAUGCCCAGGAGUUGUUGGAUUUAAAGCAGAAGCAGCGCACUGGAACUCAACUUGUUCAAGAAAUAAGGAAACAAGCUGAUGAUGCUAGAACAUACACCAUGUCCAUGCCAUACCGAAUCCAACGGAUAGAAGAGUUUGUGAAACAGCUUGAGGGAGGAGACUUGAAACUCCGAGUCCGUGUGCUCGAGUCUGAAAGAGCAGCUAGGAAAGCAACAAUACUGCAAAUGGCAACCAUGUACACAGUCCUAGGCGGCACCCUUCUAAACCUUGGGGUUACAUUUACCUACCACGGCCCUCAAGUUAUAGCAAAUGGAUCAUUUGUUGGUGCAGGUGUUUUUCUGCUGCUGUUUCUCCGCUCCAUGCAGAGGGUGAAGAAGCUUGAUAAAUUUGAGAAAAUGAUA